UGUCAACUUCAACUUGAAUUUUUAGUAAAGAAAAUGGCCGAGGAAGUUGCUCUAGCCCAAAGUGCCCAACCAGGUGGGGACACGAUAUUCGGUAAAAUAUUAAGAAAGGAAAUCCCCUGCAAUUUAAUUUACGAAGAUAACUUGUGCAUCGCUUUCGACGACAUCAACCCCCAAGCCCCGGUUCACUUCCUGGUGAUACCGAAAAAAUUCAUUCCCCAAUUAUCGAAAGCUGAAGACGAAGACGAGGCAAUCUUAGGGCAUCUGCUUAUCGUCGCCAAGAAGAUCGCGCAGAAGAGGAAUUUGAAAAACGGAUUCAGAAUUGUUAUCAAUGACGGCCCUAUUGGGGCGCAAUCUGUUUACCACAUCCACGUGCACGUUUUAUCCGGAAGGCAAAUGCAAUGGCCGCCGGGUUAACUUUUAAUUUAUUUUUUUUUGUUAAUAAAAUAAAUUUUAGUGGAUUU